AUGGGCGUUGUAAGUACCUUUAAUUACUUAAUUAAUGUUUAUAUACAUUUAUUCUCAAAAUAUUCUUUAUGUAGUCAUUUUUUGCAAAAUAGUCAUACUGUUAAUAUUUAGGAAGACAGAGUAAAUGAGACGAGAGAGAAGAUCGCACAAUUAGAAGGAACUUUGGCCGCACUCAAGAACGAACUCCAGACGAUAUCAACUCCUAACGCCAGCUUAAGCGAAGAGGUUUCGGUUGAGCCGAAGUUAGAGAACGAAUCGGAUUCAGACGGUAACUUUAAUUUUUUUUUAUUUUCUGUUAGUCAUCCAACUUUGUUCAAAAAUUUUUUUCUGUGGGUUCCCCCACUCGGCCAGUUCUUAAGAUUUUUUAACCGGACAAAAAGCAGUGGUGUUUUGAAGCAUUUUUCUAUAAAAUCGACCAUACUUUGUUAAAAAAUGGUAAUUUUGAAAAAUUUCGGCGGAGACCAUAACUCGGCCAGUUCUUAAUAUUUCUGAACCGCCCAACCGGACAAAAACCAAUGGUAUUCAUUGGCAUUUUUCUGCAAAAUGUUACAAUUUAAUAAAUUAUCAACAAUUUUUGACAAGUCGGCGGAGACCAUAACACGGCCCGUUCUUAAUAUUUUUGAGUCGGACAAAAAGCAGUCGUGUUCUGAAGCAUUUUUUGACCCUGUUUUAAUCUUGAAAGACGCUGUUUGACACCGUGAAGCGCGGUGUGCCCUAGAAAUUUACCCCCUGUUUUUAUUUGAUAAAUCGAUGACAAGGACUGUUUUAAGACGCAUGGUAAAGCCUUUUCGGCUAAAAUGGCGUUUUGGCAUUUUUAUGCCAUUUUUUGACAUAAAACAGUUUAAAUUUUGUAAAAAUUCAAUAAUGCUAUCAAAAAAAACUAUUGUAGGGAUUACGGUAGGUUAUGGUAAUGAUGAAAAACUUUUAUUUUUAUUACGGUUUAGCACAGUUUAAAACAUACAUAUACAAGUUUUUUUAAAAUUUAGCGUUUUGUGAAAUCGUUAUUAAUUUUUAAUAUUUUGACCGUAAGGUAAUUUUUUAAACGGCCAAAGCUCCCCAAAAUACGCGGCCCUAAAAGUGAACGUAUAGUCUAUUAAUAACGCUUCAUGUAGAAUAUGUAAAAAUUACCAAUGAAGAUCCGUGCUAAAUUUUUAGAUAUUUGCACUUUUAUAACCGAUCAGUUGGAUUACGGUAGUUUACGGUAAACAGAAAAAAAUUUUAAAUUACAAUUUUGUCCAGCAUGGUCGAAAACGUAUGCAUGCACAUUUUCAAAGCUUUUGGAGCAUUAUUGGAUUUUUACAAAAUUUAAACUGUUUUAUGUCAAAAAUAGCAUAAAAGUGCCAAAACGGCAUUUUAGCCGAAAACGCUUUACCAAUGAACAGUCCUUGUCAUCGAUUUAUCAAAUAAAAACGGAGGUAAAUUUCUAGGGCACAAGGCCGUUUCAGGAUGCUUCACAGUCUCCGUAAGCGUCUGUUAAGACCAUAUAACUUCAAACAUUAGUUAUAAAACAAAUAUAACCAAAUUGAACGAAAAAAUUUUAGAAAAAAUUUUGUUGUCGGAUGUAGUCGAGGAUGAACCAGAAGAGAAACCCGAAGUAAAGCCAAACAUGGUCAAAAACGACGGCUUUGUCUUUGGCAACGUCCAAAGUAAGAUUUACAUAAUAUUUAUAUCUACUUGCAAUUUUCAUUUUUUAACAUGAACGCAUUUUGACAGAGGUUUAGAUUUUAAACUUGAUUUUAUAAAAUUCGUGGGCAGUGUUUUGCCGGACCGGACCGGACCCAAAAACCUGCGGACCCGGACCGAAGAAAAAGCUCCGGACCGGUCCGGAAGAAAAUUUUUUUUAAAUUUUAAUUAGAAUUUGAUUUAAAAAUUGCAAUUACAAUGUAUUUUUAUGAGUUUUUAAGCAAAAAGAAAGCAGUUUUAGCGCUCCUUGCUUUUUUUAAAAAUAAAAAAAAUUUUUUUGCGGACCGGACCCGAAAAUCACCGGACCGGUGAAAAACGCUCCGGACCGGUCCGGGCAAAACACUGUUCGUGGGGCUAAUGAAGAAUUGUUACCCAGUGCAUUAUCGUUCCCAACAGUGCAUAAUCAGUACCCAAAUUUUUAUUCAUUUUUACAUUUUAACACCGAAAAAAAAAGAAUAAAAAGCCGUGACAAAACUGAAAAAAACCUGUGAAAUAAAAAUUUGCAUAACUUUCACAUGGGGGAAUGAUUAUGCCUUUACGAGUAGAGAACGAUUCUUUGGUUUUGGGGGAAUGAUUUUGCAUGAGCGCCAAAUUCGCUUCUUAAAUUAAUAGUUCAAAAUUUUAGAUAUGGGAAAAUCCGACCAAACCGUCUGUAAUAAUGCAGUAAGUUUCUUAUUCAAAACAACAUAAUUUUACUUUUUACUAAAUAAAAAACAACAUAUAGUAAAAAAUCUCUAUUGUAUUAACAAAUUGACCUUUUUCAGUUCAACUACCAUCACAGCCAAAACCCCUAAUAUCAUUAGUUUCAAUAAAUCUAAAUUCGGAAAUUAACUUUAUUUUUUUAUACUAACAUCAACUUUAAGUACAUCACACUCACUUUCAGUUCGCAUCGUACAAUACCACGAUAUACUGUCAUAAAUACGAGACACUACACUAUGAUCACCUUAAUGAAUGUAGCACUACCUAUACGUUCAGUAUGCCUGCAAGGGUAAAAACAGCACUAUUAAAAGCCUCAGUAACCCUCUCAAAUGAAUUGGUGAGUAUUUGUAUAAUUUUUGUAACCUUAACUUUAUAAUAUACCAACUAUCGCUAAUGAAGAGCAUCACUUACAAAGUUUUGUUGUUAAAUUGAAAAUAACAUUAAGCGAUGACAUAAACAACCCGCCAUUUUUUACAGAAAAUUACAAGAAAAGUAUGGCGGUUUCUUUAUGUCGACACCUAAUAUUAUAGUUACAUUUUUGUGUUAUGAUACUGAUUAUUUACUUAGAUUAAAAACCCAUAUUUUUGUUGACAAAGGCUAGACCUCUCCCAAAUUACUGGACUACGUUUUCAUGCCAACAGAAAAAAAAAUCAAAAAGAUAAACUUUUUCUUGCAGAUUAGUGACCUGAUAUUGAAAUAUUGCCAUGCGAGGGAAAACAACGAUUUUCACAACGACCCCAACCAACCGUUUUCUAAGCAGCUAUUGGACAAACUAAAGGAACAUAACAUCGAAUUAAGACCUACACCAAUACUGUCCAAGAAAAGAUGCCCAAGUACGUCAAAAAAAUUUCAACUGGAAUACAAAGCAGUUUGUAUGCAAGUAAAAAAAAGGAUCCAGGAUCAGAAAGACCCAAACUUCAAGCAAAGAGUCAACACUUUAAACUACAUCUUGAAUGAAAAAAUGUCAGAAGACAAGGAAUGUCUCUCAGCUUAUCAGGUUUACUUGGCACACGGCUUCAUGAUGCAAAAGGAAAAAUUCCAGCCUAUUUCAGGAACUGAUUUCAAUAGAUUUUUCAGUGUGUCAACUGAAAACAAUGAUAUAUUGCCACGGUCUUAA